AUGGAACUUGAUAAUGAGAAAGAGGCAUAUGAAUUUUACAAUGCAUAUGAUGGUCAUAUUGGUUUUAGCACCCGGAAGGAGUAUGGCAAUAAAGUUAAUGGAAGAAUUACAUCAAGGGCAUUAGUUUGUAGCAAGGAAGGUGUGAAGGGGACUGACAAACGGGAUGUAUUUAGAAAGACUCUCCGGGCUCAAACACGAACCAAUUACGGUGUACGAAUGGUUCUUAGAUAUGACAAGACAAAGGCAAAGUACGUAGUUUCUAAAUUUGUAGAAAGUCACAACCAUCCAUUCAUAAUUGCUAAAUGCAGCCACAUGAUGCCGUCCCAGCGACAAAUUUCCUCAGUCUUGGCCAUCGAUGUUGAGUUGGCUUCGGAUUCAGGAAUUUCGGCUUGCAAUGCAUAUGAGUUGAUGGGAAGGCAAUCUGGUGGCAAAGAAUCAAUUGGAUACUUAAAAGUGGAUCUUAAAAAUUAUCUAAGGACGCGAAGACUCUUUAUGGAGAGGUGGCAUGACUUGUAG